CGGGGCAAGCAGACACGGCCGUUCAUAGAGUGAUAUUGGUGCGCAGAAAGGUCUUUUCAUGCAGAGCUCUCUUUUGGGUUUUGAGUAUUGUGCCUGGGUUUGGUACGAGCAAAGAUCACCAACUUAACAGCAGCUUAAGUAAUUUUUGGAAGAGAACAAAGACUGAAGAAUCGAUGGUAGGUCCUUUAAGCUUCAACAAAACAGGAAAUCGAAAGUUAACCAGUUCUGGUAACGCUCCCCGCUUCAUUAAUUUCCAGCCAGGGGCAGUAAACGAUGACCAACUGUUCCAAGUGUUCCAUUUCAGCCAUACCCCUGCCUCUCCAACUUCCAACUGCUGUGAUUGUUAACCCCAAAAUCCUAACUCCGCUAUUUCUCCGCCCAGUGCUCCAAUGGCCUCUCGCUGCAAAUCUUUCUCGAAGCCGGCUUUCUCUCUUAUCAAAUCUGCCGUCAACAAACCAGCGUUCAAGGCCACUCCCAUGUCUUCUCUCCCCUCCACCCGCCUGUCAAUCAAUCUCUCAAGGCCGAUUCCGCAGUUGGGUUGUCUACAAUCUCUGCUUCCGCAGUGGCAAGAAUUUGAAUGUAUUGUCCAUUUUGAAGAAUUGUAUCUAAUUUUAAAUAAAUGUGGAGGAUGAAUUUUUGUAAAUUAUAUGGAAUGUUAGAUGUAAAACAUUUGUAUAUUAUGGCACUAUUUUUCUUUUGAAUUAUUUUUAUUAUUGUUUGUUUUGGCCUAAAAUUG